UCAGUCUUGCACAGGUGUACCAGCUCCUCUCCUUCAGUCUUACACAGGUGUACCGGCUCCUCCCCCUCAGUCUUGCACAGGUGUACCUGCUCCUCCCCUUCAGUCUUGCACAGGUGUAGCGGCUCCUCCCCUUCAGUCUUGCACAGGUGUACUGGCUCCUCCCCUUCAGUCAUGCACAGGUGUACCGGCUCCUCCCCUUCAAUCUUGCACAGGUGUAGCGGCUCCUCCCCUUCAGUCUUGCACAGGUGUACCGGCUCCUACCCUUCAGUCUUGCACAGGUGUACUGGCUCCUCCCCUUCAGUCAUGCACAGGUGUACCGGCUCCUCCCCUUCAAUCUUGCACAGGUGUUCCGGCUCCUCCCCUUCAGUCUUGCACAGGUGU